AAAAAAUUCAACAAAAAGGAGACAGUCAGGAAGGUAAGAAUCUUGCUUUUCGACUGAUUAUUUAAGAUCCUGGUUUAAUAGUUAUUUUCACUGAAUCUUGUCUUUUAUUUUCUAGACGAAUUACUGUUCCAAGGUCGACCGAGUUGACUAUACCAAGACCUACUACAACAUUUGAAUGAAAAUCGAUUAAAAUAUUGGAAUAACUACCUUUUAACCCAUUUCGUGGAUUAUCAAUUUGCUAAUUCAAACUUUUGUUUUUUUUUUUUUUCUGAAGCAAAACUAACUGACCGUUCAUAUUUUUACAUUGAUUUACAAUACCUUGAUAUGGAUUCUUUACCUCACAAAGUUGAAGUUCGGGUGCCCUUUCCCUCGGAGCAAGAUGCCAAGCUAUGUAUGCAAGUAUUAGCACCAGAUCGGGAGUUGAAAGAAGAUCAAGUCGCUAGAAUACUUUCUUUAGAAGGAAAUUACUUAGUUGCCAAAUACUUUUGCUCUUCUGCUAGAAUGACUAGAGUCACUUUAAACUCAUUUUUCGAAAACUUGCACUUGGUUGUUGAUUCUAUGCAUGAAUUAUCUUCCUUGUAACGUCCCCCUCAAAUAAAAGGAUAUAACGGCUACCAGAAUCAUUGAAUAAUCCAUUAAAAAUUAGCUUGAGUCACAAUACUCAAUACUACGAGUUCUAGUAGGAACUAUUGUAUUAUUA